AUGGCAACCAAGACAGUGGAGCUCCAAAAGCUGAAGCUUGCUGAACUUGCUUGUGGUUUGGAGACCAAGGGAAUAAAGCAAGAUCUUAUCCACAGACUCCAGGCAUAUCUUGAAGAAUAUGCUGAAGAGGCAGCCAAUGAAGAUGAUGUACUGGGAGAUGAAACAGAGGAAGAAGAAACAAAGCUCAUAGAGCUCCCUAUCAAAGAGGAAGAACCCCUUGAAAAAACUGUCGAUGUGGCAGCAGAGAAGAAAGUGGUGAAAAUUACAUUGGAAAUACUACAGACUGAGAGAAUGCAAAAGAGGGCCAAACGAGUCAAUGUACCUGUGAGCUUGGAGAGCAAGAAAGUUGCUCGGGCAGCUAAGUUUGGGAUUUCUUCAGUUCCAACAAAAGAGCUGUCAUCUGAUAACAAACCUAUGGUUAACUUGGAUAAGCUGAAGGACAGAGCUCAAAGACUGGAUCUUUGA